UAUUCCAGCACAGUCUUUGUUGGUAAUAUUUCAUGUUGACCUCCUAGCAAUGACGCUUGUAGCAGCGAGAGACGAAUCUACAGCAGUGGCGCGCAAACUCUGAUCUCUCUCACUGAGCGCAGUUGAGAGGAACAGAACCAACAACAGCAGCAGCAGCGGAGAAUAUCAGGCAUUCACAAUAACGAACACUUCUUCUGCUGUUCCUGGCCCUUCACUCAAGACAUGACAGCAAAGGACCAAUCGACGAAAGACCGUUGAGAAGGCGCAAUGGAGUCUCUCUUUGGGGGACAGUUGGGCUUGCUGGGGGGUAAUGAGGGGCUAAAAGAAGAUGGCUGCGGGGUGGGCUGGUCAAGCUCCCCCUUAUCAGAGGACAUGUACUCCACCUCCCACUACACCCUCAUCAGUGCCUACCAGGACAUUAAGACCCGACUGGCCGGCCUUGAGAGAGAGAAUGCAGACAUCAAAAGAAAACUCAAGAUUUACGAAAUAAAGUUCCCCAUGAUAAAUGAGUUUGGCGAGGACAGAAACUCCUACUGCUCCUUUGAGCCCAAAGACACUGCCCUGCUGCAGUCAGAGAAUGGCAGCCUGCAACAGAGAGUCAACAUUCUUACCCUUGAGCUUCAGAAGAGCAAAGAACGUGAGGAACAGCUGGAAGAUGUAAUUCAGGCUUAUGAGAAGAUCCACAUGGAGAAGACCAGCCUUCAGCGAGACCUGGACAAGAUGACAUCUCUGGUGGAGAAACAUGUUGAGCGGAUCCAUAGUUUAGAGUCAGCUCUGAGACAGAGGGAGAGCUCUCUACACAAACUCAACACACAGCUACACAACAAAGACAUGCAGUAUUUGCAACUACACAGUUCUGAAUCACAUAACUGCCCCAUGACCCUACAGAGCUCCCGAAGUCUGGACACCCUGUCCGACCUCAAAUUGCAGCGUCUGGAGGCAGAGCUAGAGGGGGCACGGCACGAGGCUCAGGGGGCAUGUCAGAGAGAGGAGGAUCUAAAGGCUGAAUGUGAGAGGUUACGGGUAGAGCUCAGAGAGCUGCAAAGCAACCAUAGGCAACGGGAGAUGAGUUCAACGUGUGGACAGUGUGAUGUGGAGUGGAUAAAGAAAGUUGGAGAUGAACAAGUAAAUUUGGCUUUGGCCUAUACCGAACUAACAGAGGAGUUGGGCAAGUUGCAUGAUCUGACCUCCAAACAGACCGAGAUAUUGCGAAAGGCCUCAGAGGAGCCUGCAAGUCCAGUUCAGCGUCACUCUCCUGUCCCUCAUCAGAGGCAUUCUCCUGUUCCCCAGCGCCACUCCCCAAUCCAACAGCGUCAUUCACCAAUACAACAGCGUCACUCCCCUGUGCCUCAGCGCCGUUCUCCUGUGCUGCAGCGUCUCUCCCCUGACAUGCACCGGCGCUCACCUUUGCCUGAGCUAAGCAAUGGCCCUGCAUCCUAUUCCUGCAGGCCCACAUCCCACCACCUGAGGGCCAGUUUCCAGGGCAGGCGAAGUUACUCAGAAGUAGCCGAUCCGUCAGCUUACCAGCGUCCACCUCGGUUCACACUAGACCCUGUGUCCACCCUGCCAAAACCUCGUCCAUAUGUGGACAGCUACCACAAACAACAGCAACAACAGCAGCAGCAACAACAACAGCAGCACGGGGGCAGCCAGCACAUGAUAGUUCAAAGACAGGGCUCUCAAGCAGGGAUGCAAGGGGUGGGAGGAGACGGGGGUUUGGCUGAAUCUCCACGGCUGACCAGGGAGCUGUCGUUCCACCACUCUGAUAUAUCCCACCUGCAUUUUGAGCCUCAGCCCAGCCCAGCACCACUGCAUCCAUCCGCUCAGCCUCCACAGUCCUCAGAGGAUGAAGAGGAGUGGUCCUGCCCUCAUCCCAUCAGUCCUCCGCGAACACUGGGGGUAUCAAGCCCCUCAUCGAGCAGCAGAGGCCCUGCGUCUUGUUCUGCCUUCCCCAUUCCUUCACGCCCCAACACCCUAAGCUGCCACCCACCUGGAUACCUGCACGCAGAGCAUGCCCAGUCUUGGCCAUCAAUCAACCUGUGGAUGGAGACAGAAGAGGAGGGUGAUGUCAGGAGCUGCCCACUGUGCCAGCUAAUCUUCCCUGUUGGUUACCCGGACGAUGCCUUGAUCAAGCAUAUUGACUCGCACCUGGAGAACAGCAAGAUCUGAUACCCACAACAACGCCAUGACCUUCUGUUGUUCCACACUAACAUUCAUCACAGCUCCCACUAUAUUAUAGCUGGGUGCUUUUAGAGAGAAUGUAGGUGAUCCACCUGUGGCCGAGUCAAUAAAAGUGAAACAGAAAUCAAUGAUAACAUACACAACUAAAAAAACAGAUAUGUCAAGAAUCACAAAGAGAGGCCAUGAAAUAUGCAUAUGGCAUCCAUUAAAUAUCUCCAUUAGGUUUCCUUUAAGUAAAUGUACUUACAAAUAUAUUUUGGCAAUUACUCACACUAAACCAUACUGACUCUCCAAGUGAGGCAAAGGGCAAUGCAUAUUGCAAUAUUGAGGUUGUCAUUUGUGCUUUUAGCUACAGUUCCCAUGAUCCAUUGCUUUAUUUACACUAUGGCAUCGCCACACAGUGUGCUUUGUAACCAUUAGUAGAAAUGAGCAACUGUUCUAGCUGACUGCAUUUAUGAUGAUGCUAUGCAGGACAAGAUAUGAGUGAAACAAUGAGACACAUGACCAAUGAUUGCAUUCAUAUGUAAAUUUCAUUUGAAUUUCAGCACUUUAUAUAAGCUUAUUAUCCUGUUUACCUUUACCAAUUUUACUAACACUGACGCAAAAAAGAAAAACCUUAAAGAUAUAAUUUAUUUUUUAAUACUCCAUGAUCUUGCCCAUUAAAUAUACUGUAUUUUAUUUUGGUAGGACUUCCUUAAAAAAAAAAAAAAAAAGAUUUUGUAUUAAGUGUAUAUUCAUCCUCACUUCUAUUUUGUUUGUCUUCUGGGAUUUUUGGCUGUACAAAAAGGGAAGAUUUUUCUUAAAUAUUCUUAAAGCAUUUCCUGUCUUAAUUUGAUUGCAUUUGAUUGCAGCUCUGUGCAGACAAUUUUAGCCAACCAUUGACAGAACACCAGUUACUGUAUCAAGACAGUACAAACUUGGACAGUCUGUUUACUGAGCAUAGAACUUCAUGCUUUCUAUGCGCAGUGCUCUCAGUAUGGCGUAUUUAAUUGGUACGCCAUUUCCAGUUAUCACUUUAUAUUCCAUGUUUGAUCAGACAGUUUAUGUACUUAGACUACAUCUGGAAAACAUUUUUGACAAACUAAUAUAUUUGUUCUUUUAAUCACAUCACUCAAUCAGUUUUAUCAGUUAAAACUUUUUUAAUGUAUUUAUUGUAAAUGUUUACCUGUAUUUAAUGCCAAUUAUAUGUAUUAACCUGUAUAUAUAAUAUAAAAUAUAAAUAUGCAUUUUGCGAGCUCGGAUAAGAGCAAAUGAAUUGCUGAAGAUCAAAAGAAAACCAUUUAUUCAAAUUAUUUGCAUUGCUGUGAUCCAAAUGAGAAAACCACCCAACAAAAAACAGUUGGGUGUUUAAAUGAAAAUCCUUCUAUUCCCUUUUAGGUAUGUGUUAAAAAGGUUUCUUAUUUGCAACAUUCCCUGAUUCUGCCGACUUUGUGACAGCAAGGGCACUGGGUAUGCUACUAACCCAAAUACAGAGAAACUAAAACUGGAAAGUAGAACGAAAAAGUCACCACUGGUCCACAUGUGCGAAACUACAAUGCCAUAAAUAGCAAAGCGCAAAACGAGAAGCAAUGCUGUCUAUCAAAUAGCUAGGAAGAGCUUUCAUCCAAUUGGUUGUCUUAUAAUAUGUGGUAACUGCUAAUAUUCUAAUGGAAAAUACUGGAGUCGAUAAAUAGACCAGCCAGUUGUUGUAAAUAAGAAUCAUCUAUGAUGUCACCAUUAACUAUACCAUGAAAGACUAAAAACAAUUGUGGAUACGUGGAUAAAAUGAAAUACCAUCAAAUCAACCAAAGACAGCUUGCUUGUUUUAUUUAUAUCUUUCAGAUUAUGACCAAGCGCCACAUAAGAAUAUUAUAUUGAAAUAUGGUGAAAUUGGAAAACCUUUGGCCAUAGAGUGUCGAUGCGGAAAGCUGAUGCGGAAGUGUAAAGUCAAUCAAUUUCUGCAAAAUGUCACAACAGUGAGCACAACAUCUUUCCAUAUCUAACUUGUUUAGCACCCUUGUUCACAAAGUUGCAGAGUAGAAGUGAAGAAAAACUUUAGCCACUAUUCACAAAGCGUUCACUCAGGAGUUAUUUAAAGAGCUACUGCUGUUUUCUUCUUCCUCAAGAUAAUGUUUUUCUCAUACUAUUCAAAAUAGCAAACUGAAUGCUUUUCUGAUUGCUCAAAAUAUAUGGUCUCUCUCUUGCCCUGUUGUUUGGUGUGUGACUUUUUUUGUGAUAUUCUUUAAUAACUCAGGGGAUAAAACUUUGUGAAUAUGGCUUCUUGACCAUACACGACUAACCUCCAUGGGGACAAAGUGAUAACUUGCCAAAUCUUUUAAAGAGGUAAGAGGACACUCAUGAGAGGUUGAAAUAUUUUGUGAUAGCAACAAGGUAUUUCAAAGGAAAUGGGAACAUUGACAAUUGAAAAUGAAUGCAUAUUGUGUCAAAAUAUUUCAUCUGUAAAUACUAUGUGAAAUAAACUGGAAC